AUAAGUCACAUGUAAACAAACAGGCGGCGCUCACAUGGCCACAGUCUGUUUUGCUUAGGGAUUCAUUGGUUCUGCUGGCUAUCUAUGGUGACUGCUGUUAUAAGUGACUCGGAUACUGCGACCUGAUGAUAUAGUAAGAAGAUAAGGAAACUUUCAGAAUGGAGGGCAUAUACACUCAAGCCACGCAGCUCCUGACCCAACCUGAGGAGUACAUAAGACCAAGCAAGAAGUUAGAGGAGGCAUGGAUGGAGCAGACCCAAGCAGUGUACAACUUCCUGAAGGAGGAGGAGAAUCGGCAUGGGUUACCUGCCACCCCAGGCACCCUCCCUCGCCUUGAGACUGAUGGUCUUGAUGUUGAACAGGUCUGGCAGCUAGUGGAGCUUCAGAAUAAGGCUUUGCUGGCAGCUCCUGAGGAUCUUGAUGGACUGGAUGACACCAACUUGUGCUUCAUGGUGGCCAGGCUGAGCAGUCUUGCUAAACAUGACAAACUUUCUCGUGCAAAUGAAUUGUUGACUGAAGAUGAAGGUAUUGGUGGCAGUCCUCAGGAAAGUGAUGACAUGGAUGCUGAUGACAUGGAAGAAGACAAAGAAGAGAUGGACAAUAAUGAGGAAGUGUCUGAUGAAGAUAUGAGUGGAGAUGAUGAUGAACUGUUUGAAAAGCCAGAGGAUUUCAAAAUCACUGGUUUAAAUGAUGUGUUUGGUGAUGAUAGUGAUGAUGAGGAGGACAAUUUUGAUGAGUUUAUAGCCAAAGAAGGAGUGGAAUCUGAUGACAGUGAUGAAGAUGAGGGAGAUAAAAAAGGACAAAAAGGUAAAGCAAAUGUUGCCCAGAAAAGUGAAGCAAAACAAGAAAAGAAGAAGGAAGGCAAGAAAUUUGGCAAGACUGAAAUUGACACCAGGUUCUUCAACCUUCGGGAGAGUGAGUGGGUGGCAGACCAGGAUGCCAUUGGGGAAAACUACAGUGGUGAUGAUGAAGAUAUUGACCUCAUGGCGGACAUGUCAGACGACAGUGAGGCAGAGGAUGGCAUCAUGUACAAUGCAUUCUUUGACCAAGCCCCAGAAGGCACUGACAGCACCAGCACAUCAGGGAAGAAGUUGUCUGAGAUGCUGGAAGACGAGGAGGAGGAGGAGGAUGAAGAGGGUGAUGAAGAAGAUAAAGAGGAUAAUGAAGAAGAAGAGGAUGAUCAGGGAGCAGCCAAGGAUUUGUUGAAGGAUCACACCAAUAAUGAGGAAGAGAAUGGUACUCAACUUCUUGGUGGCCCAAAAAAGGAGAGCAAGUCAACAUUUGAGAAGGAGAGGGAGAAAGAACUGCAGUUGAUGGAACAGCUGGAGGAGGAAAACCUGAGUGAGAGGCCUUGGUACCUGAAGGGAGAGGUGGUCAAUGCUGACAGACCCCAGAACUCGGCCCUUGAGGAACACCUGGAGUAUGAUAUCGCUGUCAGACAGAAGCCCAUCAUUACUGAGGACACAACCAGCCAUGUGGAGAAGAUCAUCCUGGGCAGAAUCCGCAUCAAGGCGUGGGAUGAUGUGGAGCGCAAGGUGCGACCCACCGUUGAUCCCUUUGAGUUCAAGAAGAAGCUCGUCCUUGAACAAGACAAGAGCAAGAAAAGCUUGGCAGAAAUCUAUGAGGAGGAAUACCUCAAGAAGCAAAAGGAGGAGAGGGAAGCAGAGGAAGAGAGCCAGAGGAGCACAAGGAGAUCAAGGGAGCGCAUGGACAAGCUGUUCGUGAAGCUGGAUGCUUUGUCCAACUACCACUACACUCCUAUGCAACCUGGAGCUGACAUCAAGAUUGUGAGUAACCUGCCUGCCAUCACUGUGGAGGAGACAACCCCUGCCACUGCCAGCGAUGCCACCCUGCUGGCACCACAGGAGAUAUUAGAACCAAAACGAGGGAAGGUGCUGGGAGACACUGAGCGCACCACCACUGACCGCAAGCGUGACCGACGGAUCAAGAAGAAGCACCAGAAGAACAAAGCCAAGAUGCAGGAGAAGAAACUGCAAGAAAAGGUGCGCCGGGCAGGAGCCAAGGGUGGCACUGGAAAGCUGGACCGUGGCUCAACUAUGAAGGUGAUAGAGAAGGCAGUCAAGAGUGGACAGGUGAAGCUGCUGGAGGGUAACCAAGACAAGGCAGUGAAGUCAUCACAGGCUUUCUUCAAGCAACUCCAAGACACUCACUCAAAAAAACAGAAGAAUGAAAAGACAAAGAAGAGGAAAAAAAAUCAACUUUCAGCCUCCAAACUCAUGAUGUAGUGACUUACAAGAUGGCCUUUGGCAGAGGAAACGAGAAGAGUGUUGUACUAUAUAUUGUUUAUCAGUAUCCAAUAAAGGUUUUGUUGUAA